UGAAUGUGAGUGUGAAUGGUUGUUUGUCUAUAUGUGCUCUGUGAUUGGCUGGCCACCAGUCCAGGGUGUACCCCGCCUUACGCCCGAAGACAGCUGGGAUAGGCUCCAGCACCCCCGCGACCCUCGUGAGGAAAAGCGGUAGAAAAUGAAUGAAUGAAUAUUACUAGGCUGCACGGUGGGCGAGUGGUUAGCAUGAAUAUUACUAGGCUGCACGGUGGUCGAGUGGUUAGCGCACAGGCCUCUCAGCUCGGAGACCCGAGUUCAAUUCCACCCUCGGCCAUCUCUGUGUGGAGUUUGCAUGUUCUCCCCAUGCAUGCGUGGGUUUUGCGUGGGCGACUCCAAAUUGUCCAUAGGUAUGAAUGUGAGUGUGAAUGGUUGUUUGUCUAUACUAUGUGCCCUGUGAUUGGCUGGCCACCAGUACAGCGUGUACCCCGCCUUUUCGCGGGGUCUGGGACGAAAACUUCGGAUUUUUUUUUUUAAAGGCUUCAAGGACCAUGUGCCUUUGCUUCGACAUGCUGGGUAUUAUUAUUAUUUUUUAAGAUGUAAAGAUGGCGACUUCAUGUUGGACACAACUGGCAAGCAGACAGACAAAAUCUCUCAGGACGCCAUGUUUCUAUUCAGAAAACACACAAAACAGCCGCUUGCGGAAAGCCCUCCGAGGUUCCGUCUAAUCCUGCUCCAACUCUCCCGACGGCCCUCAAAGCUAUUGUUCAAUCAUGAAAAGCAAGAGCAAUCCACACAAGCCGGAGUGUACGUCACGGAGGGGUUAGCGGUCUGCGUUUGUUUCCGUGAUGAAUGAAAGCUUAGCCGCGUACGGUGGGGUCACGCACUGGUGCUGAUUCAUUGUUCUGACAUUUUGGUAUUUGCAUUUUUACUGGUCUAUUCUCAUUAAAGAGGACAUUUUCACAUUUCAUCGCCCCUUGUUGUAGUGAAAGCGUGUAUGCUUGUAAAGCUUGUGAUACAAACAAUAAAUCAGCGUGUUUGUUGCAUCCCAAUAGUACAAAGUAACAACUCUACAUAGAACAAUAGUACGUCUGAAAAUAAUGUGCUUAAAGGCUAAUUCUGUUAAAUUUGGGCAAUUAAAUAAUUCCCUUAUUUACCAUAAAUUAUCAUAUGAGUUGACCGUGUUGUAUUUGGAAAAAAAAACCAAAUGAAACAUUCAUCGUGAAAUGAAUACAGUGGAACCGUACUCCGGUUUCCUCCCACAUUCCAAAAACAUGCUAGGUUAAUUAGCCACUCCAAAUUGUCCAUAGGUAUGAAUGUGAGUGUGAAUGGUUGUUUGUCUAUAUGUGCCCUGUGAUUGGCUGGCCACCAGUCCGGGGUGUACCCCGCCUCUCGUUCGAAGACAGCUGGGAUAGGCUCCAGCACCCCUGUGACUCUCGUGAGGAUAAGCGGUAGAAAAUGAAUGAAUGUCUCCAAAUGAUAUUAAUACAAAAAAAUAAUAAUAACAUGAAAAAUAACAGCACGCAGGCCACACAGCUCAGAGACUCAGGUUCGAUUACCCGCUCGGGCAUCUCUGUGUGGAGUUCGCAUGUUCUCACUGUGGGUUUUCUCCGGGUACUCCGGUUUCCUCCCACAUUCCAAAAACAUGCUAGGUUAAUUAGCGACUCCAAAUUGUCCAUAGGUAUGAAUGUGAGUGUGAAUGGUUGUUUGUCUAUAUGUGCCCUGUGAUUGGCUGGCCACCAGUCCGGGGUGUACCCUGCCUCUUGUUCGAAGACAGCUGGGAUAGGCUCCAGUUACCGUGACCCUAGUGAGGAUAAGCGAUAGAAAACGAAUUAAUAUUGAUUAUCGACAAUAAUUAGUAGCAGAAUUUUUUUUGCAACAUAUUUGACUCAUAUUUGGUGUUGAAUUGGAAGUUAUUAUUAUUAUUGUUCGGAUUGUUGCAUACUAUGUCUGAAUGUGUGGCCCUGAACGGACUAAGAGGUAUGAAGUGGAUGGAUUGAUUGUCCCCUCUUUAUCUCUUCAUUUAUCAUUUUAAGUUUUUCAGAUAUGAGUGUCUGUUUGUGAAUUGUAGCAAUCGUAGCUUGAGUACAAUUGGUCUUGUCAAUAUUGAUGCCUUUGAGUUCUGAUAAUACCCAUGCACCCCGUUUUGCCUCGCUGUAUGAUGUCAUUGUUUCAGUGAACGAGAUGUUGGAGGGUAGAACCUCACCACAGAUUCCCACAGUUGGACAUGACCAAUAAAUCAGGAAGAAAAAUAUCUUUCUCCUUACUUUUCUGUUUGCACUCAACAUGUACCUGCUGUGUUGCCUUUGCCGUGUAUUCCGAAUAAACACACGAGCAGACGACGUGGAUGUGUUCACGCUCUCCUGCAUGACAAUUUGUUAGCGUCCGUGUGCCCGCGCUGCGCCUCUGUCCACCCUCUGCCCACUUGACCUGGUUUCUGGUGCCAAAUGCCGGUCUGGUCAGGGGGUGGGGAGUGUGCCCCCGCAUUCAUGAGCGGUGCGCGUUUGACAGAACCAGUUCAUCAUCAGUCCAUGUGAUGGAUGCCUCGCCUUGGAGAGGAGGUGGUUGGAGGUUGCUCAGGACUGGGAUGUUUUUUUUUUGUUUGUAUGGAGAAAGACAGACGGAGGGAACAGACACCGGCCGCAAGAGGGACGCUCGCUCGUCAGCUAGCCAUCACAAGAACGAGGACACCAGCGACAGCAGGGAGGACGAGGCGGCGGAAGACGAGCCGAUCGCCGGAGUCCCCAACAGCAGAGACCGCACCCACAUCAGCAAGUUUCUUACCGAGCGCCAUAAGAAAUUGCCAUGGAAACCAGAGUAUAAAGGCCAGGCCAACCUCCAUGUGUUUGAGGACUGGUGUGGCUCCUCGAUAGCCCAACUCAGAAAAAACCUGCACUUUCCCCUCUAUCCUCAUACUAGAACGACCGUGAAGAAGCUGGCCGUUGCUCCGAAGUGGAAGAAUUAUGGUCUGAGAAUCUUUGGAUUCCUUCACCCUUACAGAGAUGGGGAUUUCCAGUUCUCUGUAUCUUCGGAUGAUAAUUCAGAGUUCUGGCUCAGUCCUGACGAAAGCCCCCUCAACGCCCGGAUGCUGGCCUUUGUGGGUCAGCUGGGUACAGAAUGGACCGCUCCGGGGGAGUUCAGCAAGUUCAGGUCCCAGUCCUCCAAGUCUGUACAUCUGAUGUCAUCCAGACGAUACUACUUUGAGAUUCUGCACAAGCAGGAUGACAAGGGUUCCGAUCACGUGGAGGUUGGGUGGCGUCCGUUCCUCCCUGGUCUGAAAUAUGAAGUCAUAGACUCAGCCUACAUUUCACUGUAUACAGACGAGUCCAGUCUCAAGAUGAACAGUAUAGGUCACAUCCCUCAAACCUUUGCCAGUCACGUCCGCCUCCCAGAGGAGUCUAUACCCUGGAAGGUGGAAGGAGGUGGCAUCCCACAGCACGGAGCAGACAUGCUGAAGCCGGACCCGAGAGACACCUUCUAUAGCACUCCCAUGAUCGACCCCUCUCGCCUGGAAAACAUUCUGCCUGCUUGUCUUUACUCUCCGACUUACGUCGUGAAAGAUUUCCCCAUCGCCAGAUACCAGGGCCUGCAGUUUGUGUAUCUUUCUUUCGUCUACCCAAACGACUUCACACGGCUCACACACAUGGAGAGAGAAAACAAGUGUUUCUACCGAGAGUCUCCAAUCUACUUAGAAAAAUUUGGUUUCUACAAGUAUAUGAAGAUGGAUGAGGAGGAAGAUGAUAGGCCAUUCUUCUUUCCCAACCCUGACGAUUUCCUUGAGGAGGAGGAGAUGGUGGAUGCUGAGGACGAGGCCGAGAUUGUUGGCACACCGACUCCCAAGAAGCCUCCUCACUUCAGUCAGACAAGCCACGCCUCAAAACCCUUCCAUCCGCAACAUCAACCUGGGCCUACAUUUGUGGGCAAGGAAGGAGAAGAUGAAGAAGAUGAGCCUGACGACAAAGAAGAGGGAGGAAUCGAUAGUAUUACACAACGUAGAGAGAGAAUACACUUUCCUUACAGAGAUGAGGAGACGGAACGGGACAGACAUUGGAAAAGAGCUCAUCCAAAAACGAACAGAAGUCAUGACAGCGGAGAGAUGGUACCCAAAGUCCAAUCUAGGAUGCAUUACCCUGACAUAGAUAGCGUCAUCCCGGGGCGCUCUCUAUCCUGGAUCCAUAGCAGCCCAAACAGUAAAGGCGGAGGACCGGAAGUAUCUGAGAACGAAGUCGAUGCUCCACCGAAACUGACAAGAUCUCUCUUUUUCCCCAAAAAGUCCUCCAUCCCUGCGCUUACCAGUCGUGCCAAACAGAUCCUGACUAACUCCGCCCACAGCAACAACGUCCGUGACAAUAACAGCAAACUUGCUGCAAACAAGAAGAAGGAUGAGAACAAGAUCUACAUCACGAGGCCUCGGCCCAACAGGGAACGAGAGAAGGAACGGGAGCAGCGUCGAGAGAGGAGGGAGGAGCGGGCAUCUCGUCACCCGAGAGAGAUAUUCCCUGGAGUUUUUCUCUACCAAACAGGAAAGACGACAAGAUUGGUGAAACUCGGCGCCCAAGGAAAUGUCGGUGGGGUUAAAAUGGGUAGAAGUCCAGUCAGCGCCCCUCAACUGUGGCCCAGUCGCUCCAUGAAAGAGGGCAAAGCAUCUCCGGACAAUGGAAGCAUUCAAAAGUCUACCAACGGUGAAACAGAUGUAAAACGGUUCAGGGAAAGUCGCCCUUUAAAGAGCAAUGUCACGACUACUCCUCCCAGUAAAGGUGAUCCACUGUCCCAUCACCAAGACUCCACUCCGCCUUCACCUCAUUGGUCGAACUCCACCGAAAACCCUCAAGGUCAAAAGCGGGUUACGUCUUACCUCAGGACCACUGAGAUCACAGAAUUGCAGCCGGACUCCAACCUGGAUGAGCUGGAGCAGGACAUGAACCGCUCCAACCCUGACCCAGAGCCAGAACUGGAGGAAGGCGAGAUGUCGGACUACAGCUACGAGGAAGUGGAGGCUCGUCCGGGCUGGGCAGAGGAGAGCAUCAACUGGCAGAGGACCUUCUCUGUGAAUCCGAUGGACUUUGAGCUGCUGCGGUCCGACUGGAAUGACCUGCGCUGCAACGUGUCUGGGAACCUCCAGCUGGUGGAGAGCGAGGUGGUGGAUGUGUUGGCCCAGUACAUGGAGAAGCUGAACGAACGCAAUGGAGGGAUUUAUACAUUGUUACGAAUCAUCAACGUGGAGAAGCGCCGUGACUCUGCCAGAGGAAACCGCUAUCUGGUGGAACUGGAGCUAAUGGAGCGAGGCCGCAGUGUAGUGCGUCUGUCUGAGUACGUGUAUCUGCUCCUGCACCGUGGCAGGCAAGUAGACGAAAGCCUGGAGAACUCUGAGACCGUUCCAGGCUCCGUCCCGGCUUCAGGACCUUCCGCCGCUACGUCCAACCUUAGCGCCUCAUCGAACCCGCCCUCGACCAGGUCCCCGUCACGACCCGCAGCCACACCCUGGAGCACAGCCUACGCCAAGCCUCUGCUCUGCCAGCCAGUCAUGCUGCAAUGGAGGAAAGAUGUUAUGGUGCACUUUGUGGUCCCAGUGAAGAACCAAGCACGCUGGAUCCAGCAGUUCAUUUCAGACAUGGAAAAUCUCCACCAUCAGACCAAGGAUGACAAUUUCAGCAUCAUCAUUGUUGACUUUGACAGCGAUGACAUGGAUGUGGAGCAGGCACUUCGAGACAGCAGCGUGCCGAGAUAUGAAUAUCUUAGGAGAGAAGGGAACUUUGAGCGCUCGGCAGGACUGCAGAUUGGAGUGGACACCAUCGAGGACAGCCACAGUAUCGUGUUCCUGUGUGACCUCCACAUCCAUUUCCCUCUCAACAUCUUGGAGAGCAUCCGGAAGCACUGUGUGGAGGGACGCCUCGCUUUCGCUCCCAUUGUUAUGAGACUCGGCUGUGGGAGCUCACCUCUGGAGCCUGACGGGUACUGGGAGGUAAAUGGAUUCGGGCUGUUUGGUAUUUACAAGUCUGAUUUUGAUAAAAUUGGAGGAAUGAACACGGAAGAAUUCAAAGACCGCUGGGGUGGAGAAGACUGGGAGCUUCUGGACAGGGUGCUACAGAACGGUUUGGAAGUGGAGCGACUCCGCUUGCGGAACUUCUUUCACUACUACCACUCCAAACGUGGAAUGUGGAAUGCCCAAAACAAGAAGACUCCUAAGUGAUAGCCGACUCCUAGAUCUGCCUGCAGAUCCGUGGCGCGUGUAUGUGUGAGAACGAGCCGGGAGAGCUCACUCACUGCCUACCUAUUUUCAGGGAAGCGUCUGCUUCAGCAUGGGCCCCUCUUGUCGUGUAACGGAGGGGGGUGGGGGGGGUCGUCUAAAUGUGAACUUUGGAAGCGAGCUGUUUACACAAAUCAUGGUGGGUCAACUGGAGUACUUUGGGGAAGAGAGAGGCUUUUUCUACUCUUUCUCUCUACCCUUUACUAGUGGAGUGUUCUCGGAUGAAGUGGAAAGCAGCUGUUUAGUGUGUGUGAGUGUGCUUAUGUAUAUAUGUACAGUAUAUACAGUGGUGUGAAAAGGUGUUUGCCCCCUUCUUGAUUUUUGCAUAUUUGUCACACUUCAAUGUUUCAGAUCAUCAAACAAAUGUAAAUAUUACUCAAUGACAACACAACUGAACACAAAAAUGAAACUUGUUUUAUUAUUAAGAUAGAAACAGGCCAUGACACUACCACCACCAUAUUUUACUGUCGGUUUGAUGUUGUUUUUGUGCCGUUACUUUUACGCCACAUGUAAUGGUGGCACACAUUUUUUCAAAAGGUUCAUCUUUUGUGUCGACAAACGACAGUAUUUUUGCUUAGUAUCUUUCUUACGAUGGAGUCAUGAACACUGACCUUAACUGAAGUGGGGCCUGUUGUGGGGUCUUUUAUGACCUCUUGUUGUCGCUGCGCUCUCGGGGUAAUUCCGGUUGGCCCGGCGACUCAUGGCAAGGUUCACUACUGUUUCAUCAUUUGGGGAUAAUGGCUCUCACUGUGUUGUGCUGGAGCCCGAUGCUUUUGAAAUGGCUUUUUAAGCUUUUUCCACUUUCCAUUUAUGUUUUGGGUUAAGUUAAGGUCAGUGUGGUGUAAAAGUAACGGCACAAAAACAACAUCAUACCCACAGUAAAAUAUGGUGGUGGUAGUGUGAUGGCCUGUUUCUUCCUUAAUAAUAAAAUAAAAAUAAUAAAAAUGAAAUAACUUUUUUUAUUUAAAAAAAUGCAUUUUGUGUUCAGUUGUGUUGUCAUUGACUAAUAUUUACAUUUGUUUAACGACCUGAAACGUUUAAGUGUGACAAACAUGCAAAAAAAUCAGGAUGGGGGGGCAAACAGUUUUUCACACCACGGUAAGUGUGUGUGUGGCGGCUGAAAGAUGAAAGAAAGCACCUUUUAUCCUAACAAGGAGACGCGCACCUCAGAUUUUAUUGUGUUAUGUUGGCACAAUGUGAAUUUGUAUCAUCAAGCUCCGAUACCGUGACGUACGAAUAUUAAAUCGACGCAAAAUAUAUCAAUUAAUCAAUUAUGGCCGAGGUGCUAAAGUAACGAAUUUUACAUUACAUUACAUAUACAGUAGAUCCAGCCAUCCGGUUUCUACGCCGUGGGGGGGUAUGCUGGAGCCUAUCCCAGCUGACUUGGACUGAUCGCCAGCCAAUCACAGAUCACACAUAGAUAUGUCAUCUAUAUACACAUCACAUUUACGCACUCCAUCUUGUCUUUCCCAUUCUCUCGUCAGCGUCAUGUGCUUUUGUACAGUUGGAACUUUCUCUACAGCCCUGCCAUUUUUGGAACGGGGGUCAUUUUACCAUGAACUGCUGUCGUUUAUUUUGUUUUUACGACUGCACUAACUGUUGUGUUUUGAUACCUGAAACACUGGUUUGUGAACAGUUGACGCCUCUUAAUCGCCGGAUGCUCGCCUCCGCGUUCCCUCCGCGUUCCCUCCAGAUCUCUAACCUCAUCGUCAAAGUGAACACUACGGAGGGAAUUAGAGGUCUUAGAGUUGGGUUUAAUUUUUAAGCAUUUUUGUGUUGCAAAUAUUGGCUAUGUGGAAAAUGAAAAGGUUUAUUUAUGUGCGUAUUACCUGAAACUCAAACAGAAGUGGGAGCAUUUACUGUUUCUCACGUGUGUGCCUUCAUCAGGGUCGGGGCUGCAGGUCGUGUUAUUAACAGAAGAACAGGAAUGAUAGAAAGAAUUAGGGUUCUUUACCAUGGAUUACAGAUGAUGGAGUGGGUGUCCUUGUUGUAUUAAUUCAAAGCAAACUAAAAGGCCAAUGUUGACUACUGAGCAGGACCACGUGGUCUUACGCUGACCCUGCAGUCCAGCAGGGCCCGACUGGCUCCAACCAGUUUAAAUGGAGGGAGGACGGGCUCCUAAUGCUUCUCUUUAUACAACUAUUGGUUUAAGUUAUAUAUUAUAGUUAAUAAUCCGGUGUUGACUUAUAUGAUUGUUAAAUGCCCUCUUCUUUGCCUCUACUGGACAAAAGGUCUAAACUGUACAAGGUCAUUUAACAGUCAUAAGGGACUAUAUAAAGAACUGUGUAAACUAUGAACUAGACUAGAUAUAUAUUGAAGAAGCGGAGUGGCGGUAAAUAGGAAUAUACAUUCCAAGGUAAUUUCUGUGAAAUUGUUUUGUAGAGAAAAGGUUAAAAGAAUGUACUUUAAUUUGUUUGUUUUUUUUCCAUAUAAAAUUUUAUGCUUACGCCUA